GCGCUGUUCCGUCUGCGGGAGCUCCCAGGUGUCUCUUCCGCAACCUCUGUCGUCCUGUGACCUGCAGGGACUGGGAGAUCCAUAGGGAGAAGACCAGGACACCCCAGAAGCUGGGAAAUGGGACUGCUGACCUUCAGAGAUGUGGCCAUAGAAUUCUCUCUGGAGGAGUGGGAAUGCCUGGACCCUGCUCAGAGGAAUUUGUAUAGGGAUGUGAUGUUAGAGAACUACAGGAACCUGGUCUCCCUGGGUCUUGCUGUCUCUAAGCCAGACCUUGUCACCUGUCUGGAACAAAGCAAAGAACCCUGGAAGGUGAAGACACACAAGACAGUAGCCAAACACCCAGCUAUGUCUUCUUAUUACAUUCAAGACCAUUUGCCAGAGCAGAGCAUAAAAGAUUCGUUCCAAAAAGUGAUACUGAGAAGUUAUGGAAGAUGUGGUCUUGAGAAUUUAAAUUUGCUGAAAGACUGCCAAAGUGUGAAUGAGUGUAAGGGGAAGCUAUGUUGUCGCAAUGGAUUUAACCAAUGUUCAAAAAGUACCCAUUGCCAAAUCUUCCAAUAUAAUAAAUGUUUGAAAGUCCUUAGAAAAUUCUCAAAUCUAAAUAGACAUAAGAUAAGACAUACUGUAGAAAAACUUUUCAAACAUAAGGAAUGUGGCAAAGCCUUUAACCAAAGUUCACCCUUUACUGAACCCAAAAGAAUUUGUGCUGCAGAGAAAUAUGAUAAAUGUAAAGAACAUGACAAAGCGUUUAACCACAGCUCAAACCUUUCCAAACACAAGAUAAUUCAUACCAGAGAAAAAUGCUACAAAUGUGAAGAAUGUGGCAACUGGUGCUCAGACCUUACUAAACAUAAGAGAAUUCAUACUGGAGAGAAACGCUACAAAUGUGAAGAAUGCGGCAAAACCUUUAAACAGCUCUCACACAUCACUGAACAUAAGCGAAUUCAUACUGGAGAGAAACCCUACAAAUGUGAAGAAUGUGGGAAAGCUUUUAAGCGUAACAGAAAUCUCUCUAGACAUAAGAUAAUUCAUACGGGAGAGAGACCCUACAAAUGUGAAGAAUGUGGCAAAACCUUUAAACGGCACUCACACCUCACUGAACAUAAGACAGUGCAUACUGGAGAGAAACCCUACAAAUGUAAAGAAUGUGGGAAAGCUUUUAAGUGUCAUAGAAGUCUCUCUAGACAUAAGAUAAUUCACACGGGAGAGAGACCCUACAAAUGUGAAGAAUGUGGCAAAGCCUUUAAUGAUUGCUCAUACCUUUCUGUACAUAAAAGAAUUCAUAGUAGAGAGAAACCCUACAGAGGUAAGGAAUGUGGCAAAGCUUUUAACAGGUGCCAAAAUAUUACCAAACAUAAGAGAAUUCAUAGUGGAAAGAAACCCUACAAAUGUGAAGAAUGUGGCAAAGCCUUUAAACAGUCUUCACAGUUCACUGAACAUAAGAGAAUGCAUGCUGGAGAGAAACCCUACAAAUACGAAGAAUGUGACAUAGCCUUUACCCGGUGCCUUUAACUUACCAUACGUGAGAGAAUUCAUACAUGAGAAAAAUCCUACAAAUGUAAAGAAUGUGGAAAUGCCUUUAAAAACUGCUCACAUAUUACUUAACAUCAGAGAAUUAAUACUGUAUAAAAGGGAUAUAAAUGUAAUCAUUGCUGUAAUGCCUUUCACAAAAUAAAUGCCUCACAAUGCUUCAGGGUAUUACUACACAAAAAAUAUUCAGUACAAAUAUAAAUAAUAUUGUAAUACCUUUACUUAUAACACAGAUCUUAUGGUACACAGGAUAAUUCAGGUAACCUUCCAAUAGCUGGUCAAACUUUAUCCAACUCCAGAGAAUUCAGAGUGGAGAGAAACCCUACACAUGUAAUGAAUGCAGAACAUUUGUUCAAAAAAUGUAUGUUAGGGCCAGGCACAGUGGCUCAUGCCUGUAAUCCU